CAGGGAAACGCAGCAUUCAAAUCAGGCGACUAUCCUGCUGCGAUCGGUCAUUACACGUCUGCCAUCAUCGCUGAUAACAAGGACCCGACGUUCCCGCUGAACCGCGCUGCUGCAUACCUCAAACUAGGCAAAAACGAGGACGCCGAGCGAGACUGCUCCACCGUCCUCGGCCUGAGUGCAAAAAAUGCGAAGGCCUACUUCCGCCGGGGUCAGGCGCGGCUCGGUCUGGAGAAAUACGCGGAGGCUCAGGCAGGUAGGUUCCUGCUAAUUCCUCCCGAUAUGGACGCGCCCUCGACUAGCGUGACCUCGGAGCGAUCUCCCUUAACGUUGUUCGCAUUCACAAGGAAAUGGGAGUCCGCAAAAUCUGACGACGAUCGAUGGUGCCUCUUAAGCCAAAUUCCGCCGUCAUCACUACCUUAUCUCUUUCAAACGUCGUUAGAGCCGUCUCUCCUUGUCUCGAUGUUGGCAACAUUCCUUCACGUAUUGCGUUCGCCCAAUGCAAAUCAGCAGGUCAAGGAAGACGUGAAGCAAUACAUGUCGAGCCUAUCGAGGGUCCCUCGUUUCAACUUCGUACUAAUGCUACUGAGCAGAAGCGAGAAGGAUACAGCUAGGCAGGUAUGGAGUGAGGUUGGAGGGGGGACAUGGGACGGUUUAUAA